AUGCUUCCUAUCCCACUUGUCGCAACCGUCCUUCUUGACCUGUUGCGAUUGCAAUUGCUGUCGGUAUCCCGAAACGAGGGACAGUCGUCACAAGGCCAGUCUACUGGGGACCUGUGGAUAGACGCGUGUCUUGACGCUGCAACCCUUGCCCACCACCGGGAGAUACCCAAGACGCGAAUAUUCGACUGGAAAUGGUGCCCCUCGCUUUCGCAGCACGGUGAGGGAGGGGGCGCCAUGUUCUUCAACGCCAUCGCCCUGACUGCCCACCAACUGGCGUCCAAGAGAGCACAAUUAGGGAAGAGGAAUCCCAUCCGACACUGGUGGUCACUUCCCAUGUAUCAAUCCGAUCGUCCCUUUGUUGGGCCUGACGGUGAGCAAUGUCGACCCAGCAUCGUUAGCGUUCCUAUCCAUGCUUUUGGCCGCCGUCGUAUCGACGAACUUCCACCCCACUUCCAUCCACUACCUUCCUCUGUCGCUAGCACAAUCUCUACCUGUCUUGAAACCCAGCAAUGCCGAAAUGGCACCUAUGGAGCAAGUCUAGAGGAUGCUGCGUCCACCAAUCUUUCCCAUUCCGGAUUAAAACGCCAACUCCAGACACAACUUCAGUUCCCAGUCCCAGUCAUCCACACAAAUGGGUUCGACUUCAAUUGUCUCGACACGGACUACAUCUGCUGGGAAAGCUUUGCAACGACUGCCGAAAUAUGCGAAUCCGAAGACCUCCAUUCCGCCAUUUCCCAGUCCAUGAUCUACAUGCGUCAACAAUUUCUUGCUCAGCCACACUUGCGCAUGGCCCUCGGGCUAACAAAGACAGCGGGCCACAUCACAUUGACCCGUGCGGAUGCCAUGGGCGUUGAACAUGCCACGUUCGAUUCACAAUCGGGAUGGGGGGUGUUGGAGACGGUCAGGCUGGCAUUGGGUUUUGCGAUUGCAGAUGACGAAACCCUUGGCCACCAUCCUGGCUUUGUGCUAGAGGAGCAGCAUUGCUUGCGCUAUGUGGAUCCCCCUACCAAGUCGAGGUUUAUGAAGGACAGAGGCCCCGUAUUCGUACCAUCGACCAUUGGCGUUAUGACGAAGGCCUCUUGGUUAGCCCCGGAGAACGUUCAAGACGCGGACAACGUGGGUGAUAGUAAUGGUCAGGAGAAGGAACUCGGCGACGGAGACACAAAGGGGACUGCUCAGGAUAUGAAACGCUGUCGAGUUCCCUUCUUUUUCACUGUUACAGAAAAUGGGGAUCGAUACUACCUGGACUACCCCGUUCGGACCUGCGACGAGCUGUCUGGUCGCAUGACGAGGGUUUGGUGCGCGUAUCGGCAGCUCAGGCGCUUAGAUGAAAUACCAGAUUCGGUCGACGAGCGGGAUAGAGCCACAGCUGUUGAACAGCUGCAAGCGGGAAAAGAGGUCUUUGUUGGGCCUUAUGCGCUCAAGAUACAGAACGAUGCGGUCGACUCGGUUGCCUCGCGCGAGAACCUUGUGAUGAAGAUCAAAGAAGCGGUCGAGAGAGAAGGUGGAAGCAGGACGGGUGCGUCCUAUAUCCUUCCCCCGGAGAGGAUUCAUACCAACGGCAAUGUUAUCAAGCUUGUACGUGGCUUCGAAACAUCAGAUGACAUCCCCUCAGCCGUUUGCGAGUCGCAGCAGAGGGUUGAGGUGGUCACUAUCUCCCUAUACAAGCGCAGAUUAUCCCAGUAUCAUUGCUUUGGCGAGGUUGCACGAGCUAUCGCCGAUGCCCUUCGCGCUAUUCAGUGGCUAGAGUCGAAGGGGUGGCUACACAGAGACAUAAGCGACGGAAACCUGUUGUUGGCAUGGGAAAGCCUCUCGUCCUUCUCGGAGCCCUUUUCUCCGCAUCCCAAAGUUGUGCUAUGUCGUCGUCCACCGUCGAAUCCUGAAGGCGUCUGCGGUCUUUUGCAUGACUUCGAUAUGUCAGGUGUAGUAAACGACACAACUGGGUUCGACAGGGAAAACCCCAUUGGAACCCUACCCUACAUUGCAAUUAGUGUCCUAGCCGGAGCAGCCAGGCAACGCAUGACUGUAGACGACUUACAGAGCGUCUUCUAUGUGGCCUAUCUAUUUGCCUUUGACCACGGACCUCCACACGACGAAAUCUUCUACCCCAAGGCCUUGCCGCCUCGCAUGCGGGGCGUUCCUGUCUAUCCCGAACUUAUUCGCGAAUGGACCCAACGAAACGCUCCAUUCAGCCUUGGAGCUAUGAAGAAUAUGUUCUUCCAGUAUUCUAGAGAAUGGUACCCAGAACGCAUCCCCUUCACCCCGGAUGAAGCUUCCACAUUCUUGGGAAACUGGCCAGACCGGACGCCUAGGCUCGAAGAAAGUGAGCAUUGCACACCCAACCGAAACGUGGAUAUACAAAAGGUCAUCGAUACAGUCGACCAUACGCUAAGUGGGGAUGUAUUCGUCCAAUUCAUACUGCAAUCCUAA